CUUUUUUUUUUUUCUUUCUUUCUUUCUUUUUCACUUUUUCUGUUUAUAUUUUAUUUUAUUUUUUUACUAUUUAUAUUCCGUACUAUGGCAGUUGAUUUAUCAAUGUCUUCACGUAUCAUGCAAUUCAAUUCUGUUCAAGACGAACUAGAUUAUUAUAGGAACCAUGCAGAAAAUCUGGAAAACACCUUACAAGAAACCCGGGCAGCUUUAGAUGAAUUCCAAGUUUCAUCUCGCGAACUAGAAGAAGAAUUGGAAAAGGAACUUCAAACAACUGAAAAAGCUUACAAGGAACUCAAAUCACAAUGUGAACGGUCAAGAAGGGAUGCUGAUGAAUGGAAGUCCAAAUUCACAGAGGCAAAACACGAACAAAGUAUUACAAUGAUGCAAAUGCAAAGAGAAAUUGAUAUUUUACGUGCAACAGAGGAAAUGUUUCGAAAAAAGAUUUUGGAAUUGGAAUUGGAUAACGAUGAUUUGGAACGUACUGAACGGGCGGCCACUUCGUCAUUGUCGGAUCUAGAAGUCAAACUCAAUAAAGCCAUUGAAAGAAAUGUCAUUUUAGAAAAUGAAAUUGCGACAAAGGAUAAUCUUACUGAACAAACACAACGAUUAAAGGAUGAACUCAAUGAGGUCAAUCAAGAACUAGCGGUAUUACGUACCAAAUCAUCCAAACAAAAAGCAUUGAUUCAAGAUAUGGAAACCAAAUUGGAGAUUGCCAAUAAAAAGAGUGAUGAUUUACAACAACAACAAUUGCUUCACCAACAACAACAUCAUGCUAAUGAUGAUUCCUCACGAUCUUCCACUCCAGAUAAAACAACUCAAUAUUAUUAUGAAUCUUAUAAUCCUAGACGUUCACGUAUUCCAAGAAAUGGUCCUUCAACUACUACAUUAUCCUCUGCGAGUACUAAUCCUGUUAAGAUGGUGCAAGAAAUGGUGGGAAGAGUCAGAAGUUUGGAAGCGCGCCUUCAAUCAUGUCGAUCACUGGUCACUCCUUUAUUGAAUCCACCUCCGUCCUAUAGCUCUACCAUUCCUUCCAAUCAAGAUAGCAUCAUGUCAACCUCAAACUCUAACCCUGGUCCUAUGCAAUUGUCGAAUAUCAAUGCCCGCCGACCAUCCGAGUACAUGACAUCCCAUAUGGACAUAUCUGAAGAAUGAACUUCUCAUACUAUACUCUCUUUAUCUUUUAUAUAUAUAUCUACAUAUCUUUUUUUUUUAUUAUUCUUAUAUAUUUAUAUACAAUAAACGUUUUUGACAUUAUACUGGA